AUGUAUAAUGAUGCUGAAAAGCAACAUCUUCAGAGAGUAAUUGAACAAAAGCAGAUGCGAGACUUUUUAAAAUUUUUCACGAGUUUGGUCGAACGAUGUUUUGAUGAUUGUGUUAAUGACUUUACUUCAAAAGCUUUAACUUCAAAAGAGGAAGCAUGUAUUCACCGUUGUGCCGAUAAAGUCUUAAAACAUAAUGAACGGGUAGGGCAACGAUUUGGUGAAUUAAAUCAACAACUAAUGCAGCAGCAACAGCAACAAGCUCAACAGCCUCAACUACCUCAGCAAAGUAGUACAAUUCAGAGACAAGAAGACAUUGGUAAAUAUGGUGAUUUAGAUGAUUUAGUUACUAGUUAUUUAUCACUUUCGGAG